GGAAGCACACAUGUGCUAAUUAGAAAACGCAGCACUCAGGUGUGCUAUAAAAGGCAGCAGGUGAGUUCACCUGUAUUCAUCAAAAAUGGAAGGAGCUAGAAGAAGAGUGAGAAUGAGAGGGGGAGCUCAAAGAGGAGAAGAAGAAGGUAGAGGAAGAGGAGAAGGAGGAGAUAGAGGAAGAGGCCUAGGUAGAGGAAGAGGAGAAGAAGAAGGUAGAGGAAGAGGCCUAGGUAGAGGAAGAGGAGAAGGAGGAGAUAGAGGAAGAGGCCUAGGUAGAGGAAGAGGAGAAGAAGAAGGUAGAGGAAGAGGCCUAGGUAGAGGAAGAGGAGAAGGAGGAGAUAGAGGAAGAGGCCUAGGUAGAGGAAGAGGUAGAGAAGAACUUGAAGAGUUGACAGAACCUGAACAAAGAAGACGAGGACCAAAUUUGACUCAAGAAAUCCGUGCAACACUUAUUGACCAUGUUCUCAACCAUGGACUGACACUGAUGGAAGCUGGACAAAGAGUUCAACCAAAUCUCAGCAGAAAUACUGUUGCGUCAGUAAUUCGGACAUUUCAUCGAGAAAACAGGAUUGAGGGUCGAGGACACCAAGGUGGAAGGGGCCCUAUGUUCACCCGUGCACAAGAGGCCGCCAUAGUGAACAUGAUUGUGGCCAAUAAUUGUAUCAGGCUGCGAGAAAUCCAAGCCAAUAUCAUCAACGAUGACCGUAUUUUCAAUAACAUCCACCGAGUCUCUCUGUCAACAUUAGCUCGAAUCCUCAAGAAAAAGCAAGUACACAUGAAGCAACUAUAUCGGGUACCAUUUGACAGAAAUUCAGAGAGAGUGAAACAUCUGCGCUCUGAAUAUGUGGAGAGAGUCUUGCAAAUGGAUGCAGAACAAAUUCAGCAUGAAUUUAUAUAUGUGGAUGAGGCUGGAUUUAACCUUGCAAAAACACGAAGACGAGGGAGAAAUGUAAUUGGACACAGGGCAAUCACCAAUGUGCCAGGGCAGCGAGGGGGUAACAUCACCCUCUGCGCUGCUAUCACACAAAAUGCCAUGGAGCAGGCAUGUGAUCAAAUCGACGCAGCUUCUGUGCAGGGGUGGAUUCGUCACUCAAGGCGAUUCUUCUAA